AUGCCGCCUGCCGCCGCGACAGGCUCUGAGGAGGGUGCGUCGCCGCUGGCGCCGCCGUCCGAGGCUGCGCCCAGCGGCGACGCGGGGAAGGAGGGUCUGAGCUUCUUUCCCGGAGAGGACGACGUGCUCAACGUCGUUACGAAGGAAACAGACAUCGUGUACGAGCAAGAGCUUCAGCGCGACGUCUUUCAGGUCAAAGUCUGGGUCAGCUACCUGAACUCCAAAAAAGACUCGCCGCCCUACACCAGGUUCAUUCUGUACGAGCGCGCCCUGCGCGGCCUGCCGGGGAGUUACAAGCUUUGGUUCGCGUACCUGAAAGAGCGCGUGGCGGCGCUCGCCUCGCGCUGUCCGGUGGAGAGUUCGUCGCUUUUCGCGGAGACAAACAUCGUUUUCGAGCGUGCGCUGGUGCACCUGAGCCGCAUGCCCAAAAUCUGGCUGCUUUACGUCGAGUUCCUGCGGAAACAGAAGUGCAUAACGCAGACGCGCCGCGCCUUCGACCGCGCCCUCCAGAGCCUCGCCAUCACCCAGCAUGACCGCAUCUGGGAACACUACCUGGACUUCGUCAAAGAGGCGGGCGUGGUUGAGACGACGAUCCGCGUGUAUCGGCGCUGCGUGAUGCUUCUGCCUGAGAAAGUGGAGGACUUUAUCGCGUUCCUGCAGUCUCCCGAGGUGGCGCGCUACGACGAGGCGGCGUGUCUGCUCGCGGAAGUUGUCAACGACGAGAGUUGUCCGACGACAAAGACGCGGCACCAACUGUGGCUGGACCUCUGCGACCUCGUCUGCGCGCAUCCCCGCGAGAUCAAGGGCCUGCGCGCGGAGGCUGUGCUGCGAUCGGGCAUCGCGCGCUUCUCAGACCAGGUGGGGAAGCUCUGGUGUUCCCUGGCUUCACACUUUCUGCGCCUAGGGCAGCUCGAGAAGGCCCGCGACAUCUAUGAGGAGGCGCUGCGCGGCGUGCGGACGCUCCACGACCUCGCGCUCGUCUACGACGCCUUCGUGAACUUCGAGGAAACGCUUCUCGCCGCCAAAAUGCAGGAGAUGGAGCAGGCAGAGACCGAGGAGGCGCGCGAGAAGGACGCCCGCAGAGCCAAGAAGGGCGCUGGCGGGGGGAGCGGAGAGGGAAGGGACGCCGAGGGCGAUCAAGAGGAGGAAGCCCACCGCAAGCAGCGCCGGAGGGAACAGAAAAAAGAGAGAGAAGACGAGAUCGACUUCCUUAUGACUCGCCUGGAGCACCUCACGGAGCGACGCCCGAUCCUUGUCUCGAGCUGCAAACUGCGACAAAAUCCUCACAACGUCCACGAGUGGCUCGCCAGAGUCGACCUCUUUAAAGGCGACACAAACAAGCAAGUCGAGACGUUCAGCGAGGCGGUUGCGACGGUAGAUCCGCAGCAGGCUGUUGGCCGCGUCUCGGUGCUGUGGAUCGCCUUCGCGCGGUACUACGAAGACCGUGGAGACUUGCCGAGCGCGCGGCUGAUUUUCGAGAAAGCGACAAAUGCUGCGCUGCGCACUGUCGACGAGCUCGCAAGCAUCUGGUGCGAGGCCGUGGAGAUGGAGUUGCGCCACGAGGAGCGGCAACGCGCCCUCGAGCUCGUCCGCCGCGCCAUCAACAAACCGCGCGACGCCGAGCCCGACAGCGCGCAGGCGAAGCUCUUCCGCAGCGUCAAACUGUGGAGUCUCGCCGCGGACGUGGAGGAGAUGGUCGGCACCCCCGAGACGGUUCGCCUGUGCUACGACAAGAUGUUUCAACUCAAAGUCAUCACUCCGCAGUUGGUCACCAACUACGCACAUUUCUUGGAGGAACACCGCUUCUUCGAGGAGUCGUUCAAAGUCUACGAGCGCGGCAUCGCGGCCUUCUGCUGGCCUCACCUGAACGACCUGUGGCUCAUGUACCUGACGAAAUUCGUGUCGCGCUACGGAAGUUCAAAGCUGGAACGCGCCCGCGAGCUCUUCCAGCAAGCUACGUCCUCUGUUCCCCCGCAGUACGCGAAGCGGCUCUUUCUGCUCUACGCGAAGCUCGAAGAGGAGUUCGGCCUCGCCAAACACGCGCUCACGAUCUACCAGGCCGCCACCAAGGCCGUCACGCAGGCCGAAAAACUCGACAUGUACCUAAUCUACAUCGCCAGGACGACGGAGCUUCUCGGCAUUGCGAGGACGCGAAAGAUUUACGAAGAGGCGAUUGAAAACCUGCCCGAGAAAGACGCGCGCGACAUGUGCCUGCGCUACGCGGCCGUUGAAAAGGGCCUGGGAGAAGUCGAUCGGUGCCGCGCGAUUUAUGAGCACUGCUCACAGCUCUGCGACCCGACUCGAGACCCCGAAUUCUGGAAGUCUUGGAAGGAGUUCGAGGUGUCUCACGGCAACGAAGACACAUUCAAGGACAUGCUUCGCAUCAAGCGCAGCGUCCAGGCUCAGUACAGCCAGGCUCAUCUGAACGUCACCGAGUUAGCGCAGACAGAUCUCUCGGAGUCGCCGCUGAAUCCGCUGGCGGCUGCGGAGAAGCAGCUGAAGGAGGAAGAAGAAGCGCGAAAGAAACUCGAGAUGCGCGAAAAGGCGCUAGAGGAACAACUCUACCUGAAGAAGAAGAAGGAAACCGACGACGCGGAGCUCGCGCAGGCCGAAGAGGAAUUCCGCAGGGUCCAAGACUUGCGCGCGCGGGCGCGCAUGUUGGCUUCGCUUCCGCCAGAUGCGCCUUUCUUCGUCUCCCUCUCGUCGUUCCAGGGCGCGCGGCCGGGCUAUCUUUUCCAUCGUGGGUCGCAAGGCAUGGGGUAUUACCUGGACGAGAGGCAAGUCGGCGCCGACUUCGUUUCUGAGCGUGAGAAGGCGUUCGUCACCGAGGCGCGCGAGGGCGGCGGGCGGCGGCGAGAGCGCGAAGAGGCGAGCGGCGGCGAGCCCGGCGGAGAGGAAGUCGGCAUCAAUCUGGAAGAGUACGUGCCUGGUGAAGUGUUGGGCAGACUGGCGUCCGAGGCGAAGAAAAUGCGUACAAAGAAGGAGUAA